AACCGCACGUAUGUCUAUGGUAGAUCUGAAGGAGACAGGUAUUUGCUGCUAGUACUUGGGUAUUAUCUUAGAGUAUCUUCAUCUUUUCAUUUCACAGAGCAAAUGGGGUCGACCUCUAGAAACCAGAUCUACCUAGUCACUGGUGGCUGUGGUUUUCUGGGGAAACAUCUGGUCCAAAUGUUGCUGGAGCAGGAGUCUGACCUGACAGAAGUGCGUGUCUUUGACUUGCAUCUUGACGAGAGCAUGCGGCAUUUGAACAAAGUGACUCUGAUCCAGGGGGAUAUCGCCAACCUGGAAGAUGUGAGGACCGCUGUACAAGGUGCCAACGUGGUCAUCCACACGGCCAGCUUGGUGGACGUUUGGGGCAGAGUCAGCCCUGAGAAAAUCAAUGCUGUCAAUGUUUGUGGAACCCAAAACGUAAUUGAAGCGUGCGUAUUGGAAGGGACCCAAUUUCUGGUUUACACCAGCAGCAUGGAAGUGGUGGGACCCAACACCAAAGGACAACCCUUCUACAGAGGAAAUGAAGACACUCCUUAUGAAUCUGUUCACGAAUUGCCAUAUCCGGUUAGCAAAGCAAAGGCUGAGAAGCUGGUACUUGAAGCCAAUGGACGACCGAUGAAAGGUGGGAAACACCUGGUCACAUGUGCCCUUCGCCCAACUGGUAUCUAUGGGGAGACCCAUCCACUGAUGAAAGAGUUUUACAAGCAAGGGUUGCUCACAGGAAGGUGGAUGUUUCGGGCCAUCCCAGCCUCCGUUGAGCACGGCAGGGUCUAUGUGGGCAAUGUGGCUUGGAUGCAUCUCUUGGCAGCUCGGAAGAUCCAGGAGUCCCCCGUGUCUAUAGGAGGCCAGGUGUAUUACUGCUAUGACUCUUCCCCCUACAAGAGCUAUGAGGACUUCAACAUGGAGAUUCUGGGGCCUUGCGGCUUCCGCCUCCUGGGCUCCCGGCCCUUGAUACCUUACUUCCUCCUCCAGCUCAUUGCUUUCCUCAACAUCUUUUUGCAAUGGGUGCUGAAACCUUUCUUCACCUAUGCCCCUCUCCUCAAUCCCUACACCUUGGUCAUCGCCAGCACCACUUUCACUGUAGCAACUGACAAGGCCCAGCAACACUUUGGCUACAAGCCCCGAUACACCUGGGAGGAGAGCAAGAGCCGAACCGUCAAGUGGCUUCAGGAGGUGGACGCUCAGACGCAGGCUGGGAAAUAGACCACCGAGGACUGGAAAGGUGGAGCAAAGAGAUGCCUCAAAGGAAAAUCAACCCCAGUAUCAUCUACCGGAGGAACAUCUUUGCAAAACAGAGACCUUGCCUCAUCUAGAGCAUUGAAUCUGGGUGGACUUUGGCUCAUGCUAUUAUAUAUUUACAUAUUUAACAGUGCCUUUGCAUGUUGCCUUCAUCUAAAACAUAAAACUGGCUAAGCACUGCACAGAAGUCAAGGACAUAAUCUUUACCGACAAACACAAAGAAAGUAGUUCAUCAAGAAGAAAAGAAGAGGAAGCAGAGAUGAAUCCAUGAACUGUGAGAUAUCAUUCAUUUCCAGAUGCAAAUUCCACAACCAGCUAACUAUGUCCUGGAUCAUCACUAAGUAUAUUGGACAGUGAUGCAUAUUUCAAGUUUGGUAUCUCUUGGAUGAGCUUUUUUCUGCAAAAGUUCCCAUCCAUUUCUAACAUGAUUUCCAGAUCCAGAUUUUGCUUUUGGCCUCGCCACAUAUUCCACACAUCUCUCUUGAGUGGGAGCCACCCUCUUCCAUAGAUUUCUUCUGUCAUGCUCUUCUUGUAUUCUGUCACCUUGGUAAUCUUGAUUUUGCUGUCACAGCAUGGGCUGGCAAUCUAUUCCCACUGUACCGCAAUCCAAUUCCAAUUUUUCUUUCUACCUCAAUCACCAUUACUGUAUAUUACUCAUUCCAGUGCAAUAAGGAUUCCAGUCCACAUUUUGAUUUAAUUUAGCCAAUGCUUAAUCAUUGGAACAAACAAUAUAAACUUUCCUUAGUAUCACAAAACAUUGACAAUGCAACAUUCUUAUGAUGCCAUGAUUUUAAUUUGUUUGUGUGUGUGUGUGUGUGUGUGUGUGUAUGGUUUUGUGUGUGUGUGGUUGCAUAUGCAAGUGUGUGCAUGCAUGUAGGGCUUGUGCAAUGGGAAAGUGACUGAAGAAUUGUCUAGUAUGGGAAAGGUAUUCACAUUUGCUUAACACAAAUAAGGCUACCAGAAUUUCUGAGUGAAUCCUGAAACUAAAGGAUAAAUCCUGGAAAGAGUGUGAGCAAUAUUUUGACAUUUAGCUGUUUGCUUAUAUGUGGAAUCUAAUAAACAUGGGACAAAG